AUGAGCGGCCAAGUUGAGGUGUCUAACCGAAAAAUCAAGAGAAUCCUUGAAAAGGUAGUCAACAACUCCCGCAAAGAUUGGUCAUUGAAGUUGGAUGAUACAUUGUGGGCAUUGCGAAUAACUUACAAGACUCCGUUAGGGACAACUCUGUAUCGGUUGGUGUAUGGCAAAGCUUGUCAUUUACCGGUUAAAAUGGAAUAUCUUUCACAAUGGGCCGUCAAAGAGAUUAAUUUAGAUCUAGAGAAGGCCGGUGAAGGGAGACUUCUUCAAUUAAUUGAGCUAGAUGAGAUUCGGCUUGAUGCUUACAAGAACCAUAGGCUCUACAAAGAGAAAACGAAGAAGUUUCAUGAUAAGAUGAUAAAAAACAAGAGUUCAAGGUUGGCGACAAAGUGUUUCUUUAUAACUCAAGACUUCGGCUCUUUUCUGGAAAGCUUUAGUGUAGAUGGUCCGGGCCUUUCACAGUCACCAAUGUCAAAGCACAUGGAGCCAUUGAGGUUGCUAGAAAAAACGGCAUGA